UUCUGUUACUGUUGUUCGCUUGCUCUUAUCGUCUCCCUCCUCCUCCAUGUGAGACUGUUUUAGGGUUCGGAGAGUUCCGGCUUGUCAUCAUUUCUUCGCACCACUCACCCGCAUCAGCAACCGGCGUAGGAGUCCUGAUUAAUUCGAUGCCUCCAUUGUUGCCCUCAUAUUUCGGCCGAUAUUUGACUCCAUCUAACGAUCUAUGGAAUAUAGCAAUUCCUCUGCGUUUCAAUUUGAUUAAUUUCGGAAAUCGGAAUUUUUCGGUUGUAUCGUGCCCUACGGUAUGAUAAAUUGUUUUUGGUUCUCGGACUCUGGGAGGAGUUGGAAUUGGAUGAGACUCCCCCUAUAUUUUCUUGGAUCUGUGAAAGCUAGUAACGAGUUCUUAGAUUGUAAUUUAUGGGAUUUGCAUUAUUUUUGGAGAGAUCCCCAUGAAUAUUCAGGGCAUUGAAGAUCCAAGUGUGCUGUAAAUGGAAGCACGGUGAAAAACUUCUCGACUGUUGAAAAAUCUUCCAUUCAUUCAAGCAGUAAUUGCAGAGGAUAGAAUGUCAAAAGGAACUAGUCUGGUUCUGGAUUCAUCUGAAAAUGGCACAGAUUUAUCUCAGGAUGAUAUUGGCACCAUUGAGGAAACCCCAGAAGAGUCGAUUUUGUCUCGGCAAACUUCUGUGAACCUUGUUCCUUUUCUUGGUCAAAGAUUUGUUUCUCAAGAAGCUGCUUAUGAAUUUUAUUGCAGCUUUGCAAAACAAUGUGGUUUUUCAAUUAGACGACAUCGCACUCGAGGAAAGGAUGGGGUUGGUCGGGGGGUUACUAGAAGAGAUUUUACUUGCCAUCGUGGUGGUUAUCCUCAGAUUAAGCCAUCUGAUGAUGGAAAGAUGCAAAGGAAUCGCAAAUCUUCUCGUUGUGGCUGUCGAGCAUACAUGCGUAUUGUCAAAAGGGCAGAUUUUGAUGUCCCUGAAUGGCGAGUGACAGGCUUUAGCAACACCCAUAAUCAUGAGUUAUUGAAAUCCAAUGAGGUGCGUCUUCUUCCAGCAUACUGCACAAUAUCUCCAGAUGACAAGAGCCGUAUAUGCAUGUUUGCUAAAGCUGGAAUGUCAGUGAGGCAAAUGUUAAGAUUGAUGGAACUUGAGAAAGGCAUCAAACUUGGUUGUUUACCUUUCACAGAGAUUGAUGUGAGAAACUUGUUGCAGUCAUUUAGAAAUGUUGAUAGAGACAAUGAUGCUAUUGAUCUUAUUGCUAUGUGCAAGAGAUUGAAAGAUGAAAAUCACAACUUCAAGUAUGAGUUUAAGAUUGAUAGUAAUAACAGGCUAGAGCAUAUUGCCUGGUCGUAUGCCUCAUCUAUUCAAUUGUACGAGUCAUUCGGAGAUGCUGUGGUUUUUGAUACAACACACCGUCUGGAUGCCUAUGACAUGUUGUUGGGGAUUUGGCUUGGAGUGGACAAUCAUGGAAUGUCUUGUUUCUUUGGUUGUGCUCUUCUGCGGGAUGAAAAUAUUCAGUCUUUUUCGUGGGCUCUGAAGGCAUUAUUAAGCUUCAUCGAAGGAAAGGCUCCACAAACCAUGUUAACGGAUCAUAACAUGUGGCUCAAAGAAGCCAUUGCUGUUGAAAUGCCUGGAACCAAACAUGCCUUUUGCAUAUGGCACAUUAUUGCCAAAUUCUCUGACUGGUUCUCUGUACUUCUUGGAUCACAUUAUGAUGAGUGGAAAGCUGAGUUCCAUCGGCUCUACAAUUUGGAACUGGUGGAAGAUUUUGAGGAAGGCUGGGGGCAAAUGGUUGAUAAAUAUGGACUCCAUGCAAAUAAGCACAUUGUUAGCCUAUACUCAUUAAGGACAUUUUGGGCCUUACCAUUCUUGAGGUGCUACUUCUUUGCAGGAUUGACUGGCACUAGUCAAUCGGAGUCCAUCAAUGCUUUCAUCCAACGGUUCUUGGGUGCCCAAUCACAACUAGAUCGCUUUGUAGAGCAUGUUGCUGGUAUUGUCGAAUUUAAUGACCGGGCUGGGUCAAAGCAAAAGAUGCAACGAAAGCUGCAGAAAGUGUGCCUCAAAACUGGUUCACCUAUUGAAUCCCAUGCUGCCACAAUGCUUACUCCUUAUGCCUUUAAUAAACUGCAGGAUGAGCUAGUUUUGGCACCACAAUAUGCAUCCUUUCUGGUUGAUGAAGGUUGCUUUCAGGUCAGACACCACACUCAGAUGGAUGGAGGGUGCAAAGUAUUUUGGGUUCCUUGCCAAGAACACAUGAGCUGCAGCUGCCGUCUGUUUGAGUUUUCUGGCAUCUUAUGCAGGCAUAUAUUAAGAGUCAUGUCAAAUAACAACUGUUUUCACAUUCCUGACCAGUAUGUACCUUCCCGUUGGCGUAGUACCUGUUCAUCUUCUGCUAACCCCUUCCGAGGUACAAUUUCCAGGGAUCAUUCUGAAAGAAUACAACUUUUGGAAUCCAUGGCUUCAACGCUUGUCAUGGAAUCCAUUGAAACAGAGGAACGCUUUGGUGCUGCUUGCGAGCAAAUCUCCAUGGUUUUAUCACGUAUCAAAACCCUUCCUAGGUCAACACACGGGGUGAAUGACAUUGCCUAUAAUUAUCAAUCAGAUUCAUUGAUUCUGCCGGAGGUGGAUGAUGCUGAUGGUAUAAUUCAUGGUUUUACAGUUGCAAAUCCCCAUGAUUCUAUCACUUUAGGAAAACUAAAGGAGAGAAGGGCAAGAGAUGGAAUUGAUAUAAGUAGGAAGCGAAAGCACAUGUCAGGGCCGUUGUGUGGGCAAUAUGGACACGAUGCAUCCGAUUGCUCGACGAUGGCUGGUGAUAAUUUGAACGAAGAUGCACUAGGUUACUCGUAGGGUGAGGGGAAGAGAUAUCACAUGUACAAAGCUAGUGCAUUAUUUAUACCAAUUUUCAUUAUUCUUUUUCUGUGCUUUAGCUCUUGCAAAUUUGAUUAGUAAUGCGCUGGCCAAAAAAAAAAAAAAGAUUAGUAAUGCUAAUUAUCAUGUGUGAGCAAAAUACUAGCGCAAUUCUGGUUA